UUCCUUUCCACUCCCAAUGCCCUCUCACAACACUUCCCACCCUCAUAUCUCAACACAUUAUCUUAAACUCUUUUCUUCUCCGAUCUCUCUCUCUUUUAACUCUGCACAGAAUGGGGAGUACUGGAACUGACUAUGGUGCAUACACCUAUGAGAACCUUGAGAGAGAGCCUUACUGGCCAUCAGAAAAGCUUAGAAUUUCCAUCACUGGGGCCGGGGGUUUUAUUGCGUCACACAUAGCACGCCGCCUCAAGACAGAGGGACAUUACAUUAUUGCUUCUGACUGGAAGAAAAAUGAGCACAUGACUGAGGACAUGUUCUGUGAUGAAUUCCAUCUUGUUGAUCUCAGGGUCAUGGAUAACUGCCUAAAGGUUACUAAGGAGGUUGACCAUGUUUUCAAUCUCGCUGCUGAUAUGGGGGGGAUGGGUUUUAUUCAGUCCAACCACUCCGUCAUUAUGUACAACAACACAAUGAUUAGCUUCAACAUGAUUGAGGCUGGAAGGAUUAAUGGCAUUAAGAGGUUUUUUUAUGCCUCUAGUGCUUGUAUCUACCCUGAAUUUAAACAGUUGGAAACUACUAAUGUGAGCUUGAAGGAGUCUGAUGCAUGGCCUGCUGAGCCGCAAGAUGCAUAUGGGCUAGAGAAGCUUGCAACGGAGGAGUUAUGCAAGCACUAUAACAAAGAUUUUGGAAUUGAGUGCCGCAUUGGGAGGUUCCAUAACAUAUAUGGCCCUUUUGGGACAUGGAAAGGUGGAAGGGAGAAGGCUCCUGCAGCUUUUUGUCGAAAGACACUCACUUCCACUGAUAGAUUUGAGAUGUGGGGAGAUGGAUUGCAAACACGAUCAUUCACAUUUAUUGAUGAGUGUGUUGAAGGUGUACUUAGGUUGACUAAAUCCGACUUCCGUGAGCCAGUAAAUAUUGGAAGUGAUGAGAUGGUCAGCAUGAAUGAGAUGGCUGAGAUUGUUCUUAGCUUUGAGAACAAGAAUAUUCCGAUACAUCACAUUCCUGGCCCAGAGGGGGUUCGUGGUCGUAACUCGGACAAUACGCUGAUAAAAGAGAAACUUGGCUGGGCGCCAACUAUGAAGUUGAAGGAUGGGCUGAGGAUUACAUACUUCUGGAUUAAGGAGCAGCUCGAGAAGGAGAAGACUCGAGGUAUUGAUCUAUCAGUAUAUGGGUCAUCUAAAGUGGUGCAAACCCAAGCCCCAGUUCAACUAGGCUCACUUCGGGCAGCAGACGGCAAAGAAUGAAGUGAAGAGUUGGCUUUUAUAUUGCCAUUUAAUAGAGGUGUCUUGUUAUGGUUGAUUAGCUGUUAAGGUAUAGUUAUGUCUGCAGGUCAUUCAUGUGUAGAACGGAAGCCUUGAUGCUCCUAUUGUAUUUUAUAGUCUUUUUAAGGCACUACUUGAUGCAUAAGGUGGUUAACUACACAAUAAGUUCUAAAUUAUGUCAAUGAGUUUAAGUCAUUGAUUAAUAAGCAUAUAAUUGUUUUCUUGUGAAUUUCAGUGUAAUUGACAUUCAUGGUAUCUCUGAAUGUUUUAUUUAGUUUGCUGCUUGUGGAUAUAUUUAUUAUACUAGCAUAAAA